CGCAUCGGAAGGGUUCCAUUGCUUSGGCACCUUGGCGGGGAAGGGAGGAGAGAGAGCACGUCUACAUUUGCACGUCAUCCCGCAGCGGAGGCAGUGCAGGAGCGAUCAGUUGAUGUGGAGGAAGUUGUCGAGGCGGCUGUCGAACUUCGAAUCGAGGACUUCACGUCUGCCKCGGAGAAGCGCUAGAGGGAGGGCACGUCGGUCGAAAGAGCUAAAGGUGGGAAAGACGGUAGAGGCGGGGAAGAGAGGCACUGUUGGUUUAUUCCCGAYCACCUUGCUCUUUACGUAGUGAAGAAGGAGGAGGACGUGAAAGCUGAUCCCGAUGGCGGGAAGAGUGUCCCGAUCCGUCUCGUCCAUGGYGGCUWUGGCGGCGCUGCUGCUACUGGCCUUAAUGCAGUYCGCCAUCCACGGACAUGCUGCGUCCCCGGCUCCUGGUACGGUCAAGAUCGAGGGUUUCAGUUACAACGGCGAUGGCUGCCCACCUGGUUCCACCGAGGGCGCAGUGUCCGAUGACGGGCAAGCGCUCACCGUCAUGUUCAGCAAGUACACUGCCUCGACAGACGCUGGCACUUCCGGUCUGAGGAAAGCGUGCACGGUGACGGCCGUGCUGAGUUAUCCGCAAGGUUUCCGCUUCCACCUGGUGGGCGUCACGAUGCGCGGGUACGCCAAGCUGGACGCUGGCRUGACSGGCACCAUUCAGACCAGUUACUAYAUCUCCGGGGUAAGASKGACGGCACGAGCUAAGCGCGUCAUCRCCGGCGMGUUCGAUGACAACUUYGAGUUCACGGACAGUUUCGCUGCAGCCGUCUACAGCGAGUGCAACAGCGUCAGGAACCUCCAGCUCGUCUCCGAAGUGCGAGUGAGUCCUGCGAAGCCACCGAAAAGCGGCCUCGUGACCAUCGACUCUCAGGAUCUUCGGYUCACGGAAGUCUUCGCCAUCGCCUGGGAGUCCUGCUAAAGCCCAGGCCACUGCCACCUUGUCGGCUCGGCACGAAGCAACCGACGAAACUAGGCUACAUGCUAACGGAGCACUUUCGUAGCGAAAUCUUCCUGUGCAUGUCCUGGGGUGCGAGUGUCGGUGUAGCUUCUGUAUCUAUGCAAAACGCUCGACUUGUACUCGUAACUUUGUAUAGAUCGGUUACUAGUAGUCGUAGCUGGUGAAGGCAGUCGAGUACUCUAAUUUCUGCUGACUUGAAGGACUUAAUCGCCGAUGCGGGAGUCACUAGAUCCCAGACGGACUAUCCAAGGCAUCUCUCUCUCUCUCUCUCUCUCUCUCUCUCUCUCUCUCUCUCUCUCUCUGUGUAUGUGUGUGUGUGUGUGUGCGCGCGCGCCCGCGCGUCCGUGCGCACCCUCGCUAAGGCGGAACAUCUCUCUUUCUGUGUAUCCCUCGUUCUCGCCGUGUGUGCGGUCGUGACUUGAUGCUUACCASUCGGUUUACGACGGUCUUCUUGGAGCUGCGGACGUAGUUAGACGAAUCUCGACCUUGCGUAAAAGUAUAGGAUUCGCCCAUGACUUAKUGGUGUAGCAUAAUGUGACUGUUAUGAAAUUCGAGGAAUGAGAUCCCAGCACSUGCGGCUCCCCACGAAUAG